AUGGCUGCAUCCGGCAGGCGGCGGCGCAACGGUUCCCUGGGUCAGAUCCCGCUGAGCUCAGGCGAGAUCGAGCUGUAUUCACGCCAGGAUGAGGCGGCACGUCGCCGACGUCGGCUAUUGGCCGUGCGCGAGCAGGAGCGUCGUCUGGCGCAGCAGGUGACGCAGCGCUACCGCGACAAUCUGCAGAAGUUGCAACGCAGCAAGAGCAAAAGGGUCCACAAACAGCUAACCUUGGAGCAGCAGAAGCUGCUGACUGAGCUGCAUGUGCGCUACCAGUAUUCACUACAGAAUAUGGGUACAGCACACCGUAAUGCGCGGUUUAAAAUGCUGGAGCUAAUGGAACAAGCCCAACAAGAGAAGGAGAAGUGGACGUACAACCGCCAAAUUACAGGUAAACAACGGACCAUGGAGGCUGAAGAAGCUCGGGAGCAGGAGGAGCAAUUGAGGACGGCGAGACGUCGACAGGUGCAGCAGAACAUGGAGAGAUUGAGACUUUUAAGCGGCCAGCAGAGACAACAGGCCAGUGCUCGGGCCAGACGCGAACAGGAGGUGGCCAUGCUACGCGCUAAAGACAAAGAGGAGAUCGAGAGACUGAAAAGGAUGCAGAGUCCCGAAGAGGUGUGUAUUGUCCCAAGGCCACGAGAGAAAGAUGUCUUGUCGUAUCAGUAUACGAGGGCACAUUGUCAUGCAACGACGUCGACAGAGGAGAGGCCGGUGACGGUGAUUCGACAUAAUAGAAAACACCCGACAGCUAUGCGUGGAGAGGAAGAGGCGAAGAAAUACAGCGAGGAGAUGGAUGUUAAGAGGGAGCGCGAUAGAUUAAUAAUGGAGGACCAGCAGCAGACGGCGACGCAGAGAGGAGAAAAUGCCUUAGAGAGUAUCACGUCGAAGCAACAAGGCCAACAAGCGAUGGAGUGGCUGGCAUUGGUGGAUAAAAUGGAGCGACAUACCCGUGGGUGGGAAUUAGGAGGUGGAGACGACUAUUCUGUGGAUGCUGGACAGGUGGAUAGAGAACGGAACGAUCCCGAACAAAUGGCGGAGCGAGCGUUUGCGCGAAUGCUUGAGCUUGACGAAGAAUCGGUCGAGUUGUCUGUAUUUUCGAUUGCAACGGAUGAUGAUCAGUCUGUUGGGUUGGCUGAUACCGGUCAAGAGAAAUCUGACGGCGACAAGGUUACGAAUGCAAACGCUGACUACAAGGUGAAACUUAAAGCUACGGAAUACCCAGGUUCUUUUGAUUCUGUUGAUGGUAUCAAGGCAAGGAAGCCUGGUAAGAAUGCCCAAGGUGAAGGUACGAUGGGAAAGAGUGGUCCGCAAGAAGGUGGUGAGGUUCUGUUGAAGCCAAGGGUUGGAAGGCACGUGAAUAACGACAAGUCAGCGGAGAAUUCAUUCGCCGACGAUGGCAGGCAGCGUGGAAAUAUGUCGACAGAUAGAGGACAUUUGCAAUGGGACUCACACGCUAAGAGUGCUGGAAGUGUUGCAGGUGACGAUGAUAGGGGACAACGCAGGUACGAGGAGGAACGUCCUGAAGGCACCGAUAGUGAAGAAGAGGAAUUCGACCAUGACUCGGACCGGUUGAGAGAUGAUGAAAACUCCAUGCAGCGAUUAGAUAACCGGUCCCAGGAAGUUCGUGGUUUUCGCUUGUCGAAGCCACAAAGUCGACCAGUUACAGCACAAAAUGAAUUUUCUGAUCCAAGUGAUAGCCGUGGGAAAGCUGGUGACCGCUCUGUACUUGAUGUUUCCAGCGAGAACGGUCAAUCCUCUUUAUCUCUAUCGAGAUCGUCUGAACAUGCAGUGCCUAGUGGGAGUCGUCACAGUUCAUCAGGUCUAGAUGAAAGAUUUGUGGCAGAUGAGGAGGAGUUUUUCCGUACUGGACGUUAUCUCGAUACUCGACACAGCUCUGAUUGUGCAUCGAUGGAGCGGAAAGAAAUGCACGAUGAUAGGCCGAUUCCAGAUCGGUAUACCUCAGAGAUUUAUCCUGGAGAGGAGCAUGCGACUCGCUCGCAUGAUGAUCGAACUGGCUCGGAGUAUGCUUUUGAGUCGGAUAUUGCUGGGGAUCGUCAUCUGCAUGGAGACUCCUCGGCUGCAUCUUCUCGAGCAGAGAGUCGUUUAGGUCACGAUGGAGAGGAACGAGAGGGUGAUGAAGCUGGGCACGAAGAGCGUGAUAGUCGUGUCAAGAGAUCGAGAGACCAAGUUGUAGUAGCACUGCAGAGCAACGAGAACUCGGUUAUUCUCGAUAGAACCGAAUGCGAUGAGGUGUCUUCUGGCUUACGAGAUCGUGACGUAGAACGCUUGCCAAAGCAACCAGUUCAACUUAGAGAUCAAGAUCACUUGGAGUCAAGCCAUUACUCUGAUACCCAAGCAUUCGAAGUAUGUCUUGGGCACUUAUCCUCAAGUUCAAUCCUUUCAGACGACGAAGAAGUCCGUGAUGAUAAAAGAUCUCAAGAAGGCAAAAGCUCUAUAGUGGCUCAAAAGGAUGAAGACGAUCGCUCGGUAUCCGAAUCAUCUUUCGCUCCCAGUCAAAAGUCUCUUUCACGUCUUGAUGAAGUGGUAAAUGCCAGAGCGAGAGCGCUUGAGCAGCGGUUCAUCGACCAACACAUGUUGUCGUUCUCAUCAGAGGAACACAGUGAAGACGAGGAAAAAGUCGAGACAGGAGUGCGUCGCUCAUCUGGCGACAGCAGCGAUGCACAUCCUCCUGUUAACGUCAGUCCGUAUGAUCCGUAUCGCCAGCAAAUGGAUCAUCGAUCGCGAAGAACUUCAGCUUCUUCUGUGACUCAAUACUCGCUACCCCCUUCGGACUCUCAAAGCUCGUUUGACGACAGCUUCGACCAGUCGCGUCCUGGAUAUGGUGACGAUAGCUUUGUAAAUGAACUCGUACCGAUGUUCCCAAAACGCGCACUGCCUCAGCAAUGUCUUGAAGAAGAAAAUCAAGCGGAAGAGGAGUUUGAUGUCCAGUUGGUGGCUCCAAAUAUGAGCAGAAUGCUGCCAGCAGAACGAAGAAGUUCAUUUAAUCGAAGCCGGCAAUACCCGAGUCAGCAUCAACUCCCAGAUCAUCUUCGUCGCGAAUCUGCAUCUGACAGCAGUCGGAGUUCCUCAGAAUCUUCAUCUUCAGACGUGGAGGCCAAGAGUGUUGAUACCUCCGUGGAACAAGCACGAGCGCAACAGACUCGAGCGGCUCCAAGCACGACCACGAGAUCUCGCAGGGAUAGUCACGCUGACACAGUUGAGCAUCUCGAUGACAAUCGGUCCGAUAUUUCCAGUGAGUCCGGUGUUUCCAGUCUUGGUUUCGCUGUCCAGUUGAACCUUGUGGCUGGAACUACUCGAAGACGCAAUAAAGGGGCCAAUCGGCAAGAAAAAUUCAAGCGUGGAGACAAUCAACAACGUGAAGAAGAUGGCCGAGAUGAUGAACUAGACAAUGAAAGUGUCGCUUCCAAACGAAGUUUUGCAUCCAGUUCCAGCAUGCCGAUGGACGCUCGCUUCAACUACCUCGCCAAUAUGACAUCUGCGGUAGGGAAGUCGCUGCCUCUGCAUCUCCGGAUACCAGCUAUGAUUUAUGGUAACAAGGAUAUGACCAAGCCGCCUGCACCGAUGGAUUGGUCGGAAUCGUCGGUCUCUUCUUUUGCAACUGCCAGUGAAGAUCCCGAUGGAAGAGCUCGACCUACUCGCAGAAUUUCUCGCUCGGACUCAAGUUCGAGUGGGUCUCCUCUCGAGGAACAACGUGCUAUGGAUGGAUCGGAUGCAAACAGCGACAACGAUAGGAGCAGUGAAACUGGAGAGGAAAGAGCCAAACGCGUGACUUUCGACAGCAUCAAGAAGAAAAUCUCGGCGCUGGCACCGCCUCCACUGGGCUCACUCAACAUGAGUCGUCCACCUCCACCCAUGCAGACCUCUGACCGUCACUUUGACGAAUCUCAAUCGUCUUCGGAUCAGCAUUCCGACAACACUCCGUCGUCCGGAAGACGUCAUUUACCACCGCCCCCCGUCGGUUCAAUCAACAUGAGUCAGCCGCCUGCCAUGCACAACUAUCGCCGCAGCAACCAGUACGGGAGCGAAGAAGAAAGAAAACACGAUGAUUCAAGUAGUGACGCGUCAUUUAGCAGUUCAGUCGCGAGCUCUCAACGUCACAGUUUGAAGAAAGCGGAGAGAAUAGUCAUCCCCGCAAAGAAAGCGAAGGGUAAUAGUAACGACAGCGAUGGAGAUGAUGCUGGAAAGGAGAUGUCACUGGCUGAAGCUUUCCAGAGACGCCAUCCUCGCUUCGGUCAGCGCGUUGAGAGUCACCAGGACAAGCUGAAACGUCAGAGGGAGAAGCAACCAGAGCAGAAAGCAGAGACUCUAGAGCAGAAAACCACUGCAAAGCGUGAUACUGCUCCAGAUGACCUCCCUCCCGAGAAACAGGAGCUGCUCAACCGCUUGGCUAGCGGCAGUCGGGCCAAGAUUUCAAACCGCGAGAUGAAAGAGCGCAGUCGUCGACUGUACCAUCAGCUUCCCGAGGUUGUUGAGCGCAAGCGUCAAGAAGAAGUGAUGCGCAGACGACGAGAGCGACUCAACGAGCUGCGCGAACAGGAAAAGGAGCGACGUCUUCAGCAGAAACAGCGUCGACAGCAGCAACUGCAGCGUCGAUAA